AUAAAAAAGUUAUAGUAUUUCAAUCCUUGUUUGUAAUAUUCAUUUUUAAUUGCAUUUAAUUGAAUAACAACAUUCAAAAUACUCUCUCUCUCUAGUUGAUGACAUUUUAACACAAACACAAAUAACUUCGCUGAGUUUAGUAAAUUAUAGAGGUAGUGGUUUACUACCAUUUCGACUUUAAAGGAUCUCCUCCCGCUCAAACAUAUUUAAUUCCCAUUUAAAUCACGAGGUCCCAAUCUUUGGAAAUAGACGAUUUUCAUUUCUCUACAUAUUCUUAAAAUUCAAAAUACUUGUAACGGGUGCGGAGCUUGGCAAUGUGGUAUUGUAGUAAGAUUGGUAAAACGGUGGAGACGAAGUAAGGUAGAAUAGAUAAGAUAUUUUUUUUUUUAUUGCCUAGAUGGAUGGACGACCUCACAGCCCACCUGAUGUUAAGUGGUUACUGGAACCCAUAGACAUCUACAACGUAAAUGCGCCAACCACCUCGAGAUAUAAGUUCUAAGAUCUCAGUAUAGUUACAACGGCUACCCCGCCUUUCGAACCGAAACGCAUUACUGCUUCACGGCGGAAAUAGGCGGGGUGGUGGUACCUACCCGUGUGGACUCCCAAGAGGUCCUACCACCAGUGAAAGUAAAUGCGAGCUCACUAAUAAAAUAAAUAAACAAUUAGAAAACUUUGCGAUUCAUUUUGAGUAAUAGCAUUUUACUCCUCUACCUUCCCACACUGCGAUCAAGUCAUUAAGUAACAGCGACUGCUGUAUAUUAGUUCCUUUCACCAUAUCUAAUGCUAUCAUUAAUAACUGGUAUACAAUCAAUCAGAAUACAGUGUUGGCAUCACUUUUUUAUUGAAUAGACCGGUUAACAAGCUUAAGACUCACUUGUUGUUAAGUUUUUAUCGGAGCCCAUGUAUGGUGUUAUGACCAGUACCACAACCCAUAUGAAGCCUAGAGGUAUUUGAAUGGUAGGUAUAACGACUGUCCCGGCCUUCAAAUUGGACCGCAUUACUGUUUCGCGGCAGUAAUGAAUGAAUGAAUGAAUGAAUGAAUGAAUGAUUUUAUUUCAGACAACAACAAGUCCAUAUGUGUACAUAAUAUCAUUGAAACAUACUUAAAAUUAAUAAAACCAAUCAAAUAAAAAAGAUACAUUUAUUAAUAAUAAUUAUCAGUUGAAUAUAUUUCAAAUAUUCCACUCAACUGAUACUUACUUCGAACCAACCAUUAUUAUUAUUUAGUCCGCAAGUGAACCAUGGUACAAUGGGUCAAGUACCGACGGUCAUAACGGUCUGUUAAUGCCUUCAGAAUGCUGUUAGGGAUAUAGUAUAUAUAAUAGUCUACUAAGACUACUAGUGAUAGGAGGUUUCCAAGCCUAGCAAGAACAUCGGCGAGCAUAACUUAGUUUUAGAGCGGACAUACCAGAAUCUCUCUCGGAAUGACUACUCUAUGGAACCGACAAACACAAAGCACGCUUCAAUAAUUUAUUACGAUCCCGCAAAAUCUACGGCAAAAGAGGCAAUUACGUUAACAACAUGGUUUCUUUAUUGUCAUCCCACAAUUGAAUACAUCAGUGGAAGAGUGACAUAUGUAAAAAUGAUUAUAUUUCAUUUUUCUCGACGAAUAAAAGUCUGUUUUUUUUUUAUUGCACUUGUAGGCAGACUAGCAUACGGCCCACCAGAUGGUAAGUGGUUACCGUCGCCCGUGGAUUUCAGCGAUGCCAGAAGCAGAGCCAAGCCGCUGCCUACCGUUAUAUAUACCGUUAACAAUCUAUAUAUAUUAAUACGUGAAGCAAAAACUUUGUAUCCCUUUUUACGAAAAUUACGCGGACGGAGGAGUAUGAAAUUUUCCACGCUUAUAGAGAAUAUAGAGAAGAAGUGCACAAUGCUAAUGUUUUUUUAAAAUAAUGCAUUAAAGAUACAUUAAAUCAAUAAAGAAAACAUUACACACACUACAUACCAUAUAUUUGACGCACACACACAUGCAUACUAUUUAUUGUCAAACUUUUGUUCUUGGCGUCUGUUGUCAAAUUAAAUAUUGUUUGCCUUUGUUAAUAUUUUUUAUAGUGUAGUCUUGGUGAAAUUUGUGAAGUAUAAAAUACAAUCAUAAUAGUGUACAAACUUACAAUUCCAAUUAAUUAUAGUCGAAUUUCGACUACUGCGGGACCUCUAGUAAUAUUUAUUACACGAUGUUCCGUCACCGUAGAAGUCAUUUAUGAACAUUUUUUACGUAUUUUAUCUGAAAAUUGUUACCUGCCUAUUGGAUUCGAAUAGCUACGAGUGCACCGGGCGUCUUAUCCUUUACCGUAUAAUUUAUAUAAUAUAAUAAAAACUUACUCAAAAUCUACAAAUUGUUUUAUAUGGUCUUCAUCCACCCGAGACACCAAUUCUAUUGUUUCCAUAAACACCGUACUUAGCUCAUCACAUAAAAUUAGAUGAGUCAUCAUUUUUGAUACAGCAGCCAGCGGUUCGACAUUAGCACUCCGUCAUCGCAAAACAUUAAAAUAUGGGCUCCGAUUUGCUCGACACUUUUAUUCCGAUCUAAGGAGUUUACAUCGUCGGUUGAUGGCUAAGAUAUAAAAAUCCCUAACACAAGUAUUAAGAGCCAUGAUGGAAACAUUGGAGAAUAUAGGAUAACUAUUUAACUAACGAAGAAUUAUCAGAAACAAUUCUUCUUCUUGUUCUCAGUCGUAUGCACUCUUGGCAGAGUGGUCGUGGUCAUCACUUCGGUUGGUGGUGCGCUUCACCAGACGUCGCCAUAUUUCAGAAACAAUAGCGACAGCCAAAUUAGAUGAUUUUAGAUAUUAAAUAUACCUUAUACAAAUGAAAAAAUAUCUUGGAUUACGAUUAAAUAAUGAUUCCGAAUUCAAGUUCUGACAUGGACGGUACGAAACGAAAAUCAGUUACUAUUUCUGAAAAAAUAGAAGAGACACCGAAACAAGAUGAAGAUAAACUGAUUCAAGCGAUAGGUGAAUUCGGGAGAUGGCACGUGAUGCUAACUAUGACGCUAUCUGCGCCGAUCCGAAUGACGGCAGUCUGGAAUCAUUUGGGAAUCAUAUUUCUGGCACCGAAAACUGAAUUUAUUUGCGCGGAGAGACGUAAUAACAACGAAACCAUCCAAGAAUCGGAGUGCUACAGCGAUUGUACUGAAUACGAAUACAAAACGGAUUUCGUGAAUACAAUCAUUUCUGAAUGGGACCUAGUUUGCGAUCGAGCCUGGCUGACAAACUUCAAUCAGACAGCUUGCAUGUCCGGUGUUUUAUUGGGCAGUAUAGUUUUUGGAUUUUUCGCUGAUAGAUUUGGCCGUCGUCCCGCUCUCCUGACGGCCUGCACCACGCAACUGAUAGCUGGAUUCACAGCGCCGUUUUGCCCAAAUUACAUCACAUUCACCUUGGUCCGAUUCUUCAACGGCGCAGCUGUUGCUGGCGCAUUACUGACUUCUUUUAUUCUAAUGAUUGAAACCACGGGCAUAUCGAAAAGGGAACUAAUGAACUGUAUCGUUUCCGUGCCUCUGUCGGUGGGAGAAAUGAUAAUGCCAAUGUUUUCAUAUUACUUGAGGUCUUGGACUAGAUAUAGUUUGGGUCUCGCCCUACCAAAUUUGGUAUUUUUGGUUUUAUUCUUCAUUGUACCAGAGUCUCCGAAGUGGUUGAUUUCCGUUGGAAGGCUCGAGGAGGCGAGUUUGAUCAUGACGAAAAUAGCGAAAUGGAAUAGACUUCCAACAGAAGGCAUGAUGGACAGAGUAAAGAUUAUAGCAUUUGAAUCCAAUGUUGACGAGCACAAAAACGUCAAGGCAACUUACUUAGACCUGAUCAAAGUGCAGGAGAUAAGGUGGAAGAAUAUCGGAUGCUGCCUUACGUGGUUUAUCCUCGGGCUGAGCUUCUAUGGCAGCAAUCAGUACAUAGGACAGACCAGCCCUAAUGUUUUCGUUGCUAUUGCAAUGGCUGGAGCUAUUCAGAUACCGGGUAUUCUUCUCAGUGGAUAUCUGUGCAAGCGCUUUGGUAGACGUCACACGCUGAUAUUCUUGUUUAUCUUGUGCGGCAUCAGCAAUGCCUUACUAUCGGUGCCUGACGACUGGUAUUACUUCAAGCUCUUUAUUGGAUCUACCGCCGUCAGCAGUGCGUCUGGAGCAUUUGCGACCGUCUACAUGUUCACAACAGAACUCUUCCCGACGGUAGCCAGGAAUAUGGCGAUGGGAGCUUCAUCAACGGUCUCCAGAAUCGGUUCCAUGCUGGCUCCUUUCAUCGCUGGUCUUACCGCCACUGGACCUUGGAUUCCACCGACUGUGUUCGGCCUUGUACCAUUCGCCGCGGCAGUAGCUUGUUACUGUCUACCAGAAACCAGGGGCAAAAAGCUCAAAGAUCACUUCGGAGAAACAUAAUGUUAAUAAAAUAAAUUAAUACUGUUUUCAAAUGAAACGCAA